UCAAAGUCCAUAGUAACCACACUUUAUCAUUGUUAAUAAAUAAAAGGCAUGUAAAACAUCACUUUGAUGAGGUGAAACCUGUGGAAACUCACGAAGUUUAAAUUAGGUUUAGGUAUAAGUUUAUAUUUUAGUUACUAAUAUAGAUAGGCACUAGGUCAUACAGGUAAAACUAAGUAAAGUCUCUUUCCUUACAGCAUACUGGCCCAAGGUCAUCCGGAAUUUAUUCAUCAAAUCAACGUGAGCUCCGGAAUUUACUUUGACCCUAUCGGUGAACUUAAAAUCCGUAUGAGUCAUUUAGACGUGGUCACCCCACUCGAUAUCUCGCACAUUGAACCCCACUUGCAAAAUAUAAACUCAGUAUUAGGUACAACACGCUACAUAUGUAACCAAAUUAGAUUAGAAAAAUCAUAUAAUUUACAAUGUAAUAACCUGUUAGAACCCUUAACAAUAAGAUAUCAUGACAUUGUCUCUGAAUAUUCCACUAUUUCGCACUUAGUAAAUAAAAGAUCUAGAAGAGGAGCCUGGAUAGGUGCCGUUGGUUCUCUCUCCAAAAUCGUGUUUGGGACCCUUGAUGAAAAUGACGCCAUAAAAUAUGACAAUGCCAUUCGAAAUGUUCAAGAUAACGAAAAAAGACUGAGCUCAUUAAUAAAAGAUAAUAUCCUAAUAACAUCUGAAGUUUUGACAAAUUUUAAUAAAACAUUACAAAGUAUACAACUUAAUGAGGUCAGCCUUAAUCUAGUUAUCGAUAAUUUCUCUUCAACAUUAAAAAAUAUUACUUUAAUUUCAAACGAAUUAGUUGUAAAGACGAAUAUAGAUUUUAUACUCAAUAGUUUAGAAGCAUCUAUACUCACCUUAUCAUUCCACCUCGAAGACAUAACAAACGCUAUUAUUUUUAGUAGUCAAAACAUCCUGCACCCGGCCGUAUUACCGCCCACGCACUUAUACCAAGAAAUUGUCAAUAAUUACAGAUACUUACCUGUAGACCUUAAGUUACCUGUAAGCUUAACAUUAAGUAACAUACAUAUUAUUACAAAUGUAUCCAGUGUAGUGUGUUAUAGUAUAGGCAACAAGAUUAUUUUUGUUCUGAAAAUACCUCUAGUGUCCCCUAAAGAUUAUAGUUUGUAUCAUAACAUAGCAUUGCCAACUCCUCAUAUUAAAGAUAAACCUAAUACUUUUAGUUUCAUAAGACCUAGUAGUAAAUAUAUAGCAAUGACCAUAGACAAAUCCGAAUAUUGUAACCUUGAUUCGUUAAAGGAAUGCAUAACGAUAAGCCCGCGCGAGUACAUCUGUGACGUUAUGACAGUGUUCCCGUCCAGUGUUAACCCCUGUUGUGAAAGUGAGUUAUUGUCCAAUACAAUAAGUGUUCUCCCCGUGCAGUGUAAAACAGACUUCUUUUAUGGAUAUGUAGAUUUAUGGCAACCACUCGAUAAUAAUAAUUGGCUAUAUGUACAAUCUAAAAGCAGUAAACUUUACAUUGAAUGUCCUAAAGAAAAACUUGUUGAUAUUAACAUUAUCGGAACAGGAAUUUUAACUAUUCCUAAUAACUGUAUGGCCCACUGUAAAAGUACAAAAUUGAUACCUAAAUUUGAUAAUGUAAAAAUAAAUGUUAAUAUUGUUCACUCUAACUUCAACUUAAUUAAUGAUUCUUGUUGCACUUUAGAUAAGUUUAAUAAAAUAAUAAGUAAUGAGCCUCCCCUUAAGUUGCAUAAUAUAAAUCUAGAUUCAUUCACAUUAGAAACAAAAUCUAAACUAAAUUCCAUUGCUAAAGAAACAGAUAAAAUUCUAAAUGAACAUCAAAUUAUUAAAUACGAGACUCAUUACUCAAUUAUUACUAUAGUUAUAAUUUGUGUAAUCUUAAUCUUUUGUAUAACCAAACUUAUUAUGUAUAUUAAAUCGCGCAACUGUCUAUCCCGUCGCCUUCCCGAUACUAUUCCUCCAAUCCCUGCAGUUUCUCCAACUGAUCAGAUUCCAAUUGCAGAGAAUAUUACUCCCGCUAAAUUCAGUAAACCUUGUUCCGUUAAGGAAAAUAUACCAUCUCCCAGUAUAAGAAUUAAUGUUUAACCCUAAGUGGUUUUCCUCUUUACAAUUCUUCCUAAACAUAGUUUCAACCCUAUGUUUAGUCUACCCCAAGGAGGUGUUAUACUAUACAUAAGCACCCUUUAGUGCUUACAUCACUCACAGACUGCUGCAUCAGCAGAUUCGGUUGCGACGUUAGUCGCUAGUCCAUUCCUUUCAGUCAGUCGAAAUCGAGCUCCUUUCCAUGCUAGACGGUUGCCUCAAAUCAA